AUGUCGGGCUUUGUGUGCCACGCAGAAUUGCUGGCCAUAGUUCGGCAAUGUCUGUGCCCAGCCAGCUCUGCCUUGCCAGCCUCUGACCAGUUUGUAGAGGCUGGGGCGGAGCUGCUGCCCCACUGCUCCCAGGCUGAUCCUGCACAGCUCAAGCUGCCACUUCCAGAGCCCUGCCCAGACUUGGAAGCUGUGGCUUAUUGUGCCUGUCUCAGUCUGGGGGAGCAGAGCCUGAAACUUACAAGCUGUCACUUAAUGGACUAUAGUAGCACCAGAAAAGCAGAAUUAGAUUCAACAUCACUUCUCUCUGAGGAACAGUUAAGGUGUCUUCUGGAUGAAUGCUCGUUCAAACAAAAGUCCACAGUUAGACUGUCUCCAGAAAGAGAAGAGAAAGACAUUGAGGAUAUAACACCUGAGUUCCCCCAACUUUCUGGAUCUAUUCUCUCUGAGUCAUUAAACAGGUCAAAAACAAAGGUUAGGAGCACUGAAGUGGAGGACAUAAAUGUGCCCGAGAAUGGAGAAUGUGAAACAUCCAGAGGCUACUUUCUCACCAAAGCCUUGACUGGGCAUCACACGUCACCAGCUCUUCUCCUUGAAGCAGAGAAUGUGAAGUGCCUUCAGUUUUCUGAGGACAAGGUUAUUGGUGAUGCAGAAGACUACUUUAUGUCUAAGACUCUGGGCAUUGGGAGACUGAAAAGGCCCUCUUUCUUGGACGAUCCACUGUAUGGCGUCAGUGUGAGCCUUUCAUCUGAAGACCAACAUGUGAAACUCAGCCCUCCAGAGAAACUCAAACCAGAUGAACAGGAGACUGAAGAUGUGACAGAAGAAUGUAAAGAAUCUUAAGCAGUGACUUGCUGGGUUGUGCUUUUAAGAGAGUUGGUAAAUUAAGUUAAACCACAUUUUUUCCAAAUUUUUAAUUCAGUGAAUGCAUUAUAGAGGCCAUUCCUUAAAUGAUGAUUUUAAUGUUUAGAUUCUCUCUUUCUGGAUCAUAUUUUUUUGAUAUUUUUUGAAACUUGUUGUGGUAAAUUGCUCACUGGUUUUUCCUCAUUGAAAUUCCCAGGAAGAUUGUUUUUUAUUGCAUUAUAGAAACCAACAUUUUAUGUAUGUGUGCUAUGGUAAAACUAAUUGAAGUUUUAUGAUUGUUUUGUAUUUAAUAUUACACAUUACUGCAUUAUUGGGGUUUACACAGGUUUGUUGACCAUGACUUGUAGUUUUGCCCUGAUUUCCCUUCUUUCCUUCUCUCUGUGCCUGUUAAGUAAGUAUAGCUUGCUGUGAAGAGAAAUGAAUUUUCCCAACAAAACAAUGUUAGGCUAUCCUUGCUAUCUUAUUAGUAGUGGUACUUUUCAUAAGCAGAAGUUUGACUGAAUUAUUUCAUAUAUGACAUUUAGUUUGUUAUCUUCUUUCAGAGUUUCCCUUUUAGAAUUCAGCAAAUAAAGAUCAGCUGGUUUUUAAAAAGCUGUAUUACUAUUUUAAGAGGGAGGGUUUGUUAGUUACAAGUCAGUAACCUGAAUUUAUGAGAACCUUUUAUGUCUUUUCCAAACCCAUGUGCUUCUGGUGUUUGAUUGAUAUGUAUGUGUGUGUGUGUGAGAGAGAAAGAGAGGGAGAGGGAGGGAGAGAAGAGGAGAGGGAGAUAGAUGGCGAGGAGAUAGUUUAUGGCUUUAUAGUAUAUUUCUCCAAAUGGUAUUUGGGGCAUAGUGGACCUUUAUGUUACAAAAGUUUAACAGAGGGUAGGAAAGCAGAAUAAGUAAUUAAUUUUACCCUUGAAAGGAAUGAGACCCUUCCAUAACAUGUAAACUGACGGUACCUACCUAACAAAGAACUGGCAAGCUGAAUUUGUAUAAUAUACUCAAUAUGAAGGCUCCAAAUUAAAUGAAAGAUUACCUUGAUAAGAAAGAAAAUGUUCUUUAAAAAGCAGUGUUUUUAAGUUUCCCUCUAGACCUGAGUGUUUGCCCCCAGAAAAGGUAGAGAAAAAGUAUGAAAGAGCAAGAGCUAACUUAUUUUGGGAAUAAAUUUGGGAUCUUAAAAUUUGAGGGUUUUUUAACUUAUGACUCCUCAAGAAAACUGUUGGCACCAGCUUUAUUGUAAAUUCCCAUAGGACCUAGAGUUUAUUGCCCUUCAAUCCAACUCUGAAAUGCAUGACAAUAAACUCCUAUAGAAGGAGAGAGCUAUCACCCUGAUGGCGUAGUUUUAAUUUUUAACAAGUCCUUUAUUUCAGUACAACCUGAUUCGAAGGUCAGUCUUGGAGUGCAUAUGGAGCAUUCCUGGUAAGAAAGCUCCAGGUCCCAGUUUCUUCUGUCCCAUCCUGAUACUAUCAGUUACUUUUGUUCUGUUACUUAAAAGUGAAUUAGAAUUCUCUCCCAAGACUUCAUGUGCUGAGCUGCUCUGAGAAUGAAUGAAGUCAUGUUUCAAAGAAUAUUUCUUUCAAAUCAGUUUUCCAGAGUUUAUAACCAACACCUUCCAGUUCCUGAUUCUUCACCUAGAUACCA